AUGGCCCCAAAGCUCCCAACCCGCAAGCUCGGAAAGAAUGGUCCUGAGGUGACCGCCCUAGGCUUCGGCCUCAUGGGUCUCUCCGCCUACUAUGGCAAACCAAAGCCCGACGAAGAACGUUAUGCGAUGCUCGACCACGCCUACGAAGCCGGCGAGCUCUUCUGGGACUCUGCCGACAUUUACGGAGACAAUGAAGAUCUGCUUGGCCGUUGGUUCAAGCGAAACCCUGGUAAGAGAGAGAACAUCUUUCUCGCCACAAAGUUUGGCAACGCCGUCGACCCCGCAACUGGCGCUCGCCUGGUCAAGAACGAGCCAGAAUACAUCAAGGCAGCCUGUGACAAGUCCUUGAAGCGGUUGGGUGUUGACCACAUCGAUCUGUACUAUUGCCACAGAGUGCAGGCCGACCAGCCCAUUGAGAUCACGGUCAAAACCAUGAAGGAGCUGCAAGAUGCCGGCAAGGUCAAGUACUUGGGGUUGAGUGAGUGCGGCGCCGACACUCUCAGAAGGGCCUGCAAGGUGGCGCACAUCGAUGCGCUUCAGAUCGAAUACAGCCCCUUCUCCAUGGACAUCGAGAGCCCCCAGAUCGGACUUCUCAAAGCCUGCCGUGAGCUGGGAGUGGCCGUCGUGGCAUAUUCCCCACUUGGACGAGGCUUCCUGACUGGAGGCAUUAGAAGCCGAGCCGAUUUUGAAGCAGACGACUUCCGCAGAUUUGCACCUCGAUUCAGCGAGGAGAACUUCCCCAAGAAUAUCAAGUUGGUCGACGACAUCAAGGCUCUGGCUGAUGAGAAGGGUUGCACUCCGGGCCAACUGGUCCUGGCCUUCUUGAUGGCCCAGGGAGACGACAUUCUCCCUAUUCCUGGAACCACGAGAAUCAAGAACUUUGAUGAGAACAUUGCCUCAUUGAACGUCAAAAUCACUCCCGAGGACAAUGCGAAGAUUCGGAAGGUCAUUGACGCGGCCGAAGUCCAUGGUGCUCGGUAUCCCGAGGCCUUUGCGAAGGCUUUGUUUGUUGACACCGUGCCACUGAAAGAGUAA